AUGAGCAUCAGCAAACCAGUGGUGAUGCAGCUCAAUGCUCACUUGUCUCCAAGUUACCGGUACGGCGGCUGGGGAAAAGACUCCAAACCUCAACCAGGUCAUGAGUCGAUGUACUUCUAUCUUGCAAACACCUCUGCCACAGUCCAUGACUUCAGCUUGUACUCUGACUAUGAAAAUCUCAUUCUGAGGUCUCCAUUCACAACCUAUUCCUUACCAAGUUCGGCAGUAGCUACUGGAAACAAUUACAUUGUUUACAAUAAUAAGUUAUUCUAUCAGCGCAAAGCUCCGUACAUGUUGGGCAAAUGGUAUCUGACCAAUCCCUCAGGUGUCGGCUCAAAGAUUCCAGGUGCUAGUACAGAGUUCUCUUACAGUUACUCAGAUAAUCAGUACCUGGACUUUUCAGCUGAUGAAACUGGGCUGUGGGUAAUCUAUGCAUCAGAUAACAAUGGUAAGAUGGUCCUUGGUAAAUUUAAAUCUGACAGCUCUUCGAGCUUAGAGAGAACCUGGUAUACUGGCAUCUUAAUGGAGAUGGCGGGCAACGCUUUCAUGGCCUGUGGAGUCAUGUAUGCCACCAGACCAGUGGAUCCCAAGACUGAAGAGAUCUUCUAUGCAUAUGACACCAAGACCGGGGAGGAGAAGCACCUCAGCAUUCCUUUCCAGAAGUUCCAGGAGACCUACACCAACCUGCACUACAAUCCCACCGAUCAGAAGCUCUACAUGUACAACAACGGCUACUACGUCACCUAUAAUGUGAGAUUUAACAAAGAGUGA